AUGGCUCAGAAAGGAGUUCAGCUGGACGGAGAAACCUUCUUAUGUUCCAUUUGUUUGGAUCUACUGAAGGAUCCGGUGACUAUUCCCUGUAGACACAGCUACUGCAUGAACUGUAUUAAAAACCACUUUGAUGAAGAGGAAAGCAAGAGAAUCCACAGCUGCCCUCAGUGCAGGAAGACUUUCACACCGAGGCCUGUCCUGGAGAAAAACAUCAUGUUAGCAGAGUUGGUGGAGCAGCUAAAGAAGACUGGACUCCAAGCUGCUCCAGCUGAUCACUGCUAUGCUGGACCUGAAGAUGUGGCCUGUGAUGUCUGCACUGGGAGGAAGCUGAAAGCCACCAAGUCCUGUUUAUCUUGUCCAGCCUCUUACUGUAAGAAACACCUCCAACCUCACUAUGAUGCAGCUCCAUUAAAGAAACACAAGCUGGUGGCCCCCUCCAAGAAGCUCCAGGAGAACAUCUGCUCUCGUCAUCAAGGCCAUGAAACAGUCCCAGCUGCAGCAGAAAGGACUGAGAAGCAGAAGGAGCUCGAGGUGAGACGACUAAACAUCCAGCAGAGAAUCCAGGACCGAGAGAAAGAUGUGAAGCUGCUUCAACAGGAGGUGGAGGCCAUCAGUGGCUCUGCUGAUAAAGCAGUGGAGGACAGUGAGGAGAUGUUGACUGAGCUGAUCCGUCUGAUCCAGAAAAGAAGCUCUGAUGUGAAGCAGCAGGUCAGAUCCCAGCAGGAAACUGAAGUGAGUCGAGUCAAAGAGCUUCAGGAGAAGCUGGAGCAGGAGAUCGCUGAGCUGAAGAGGAAAGACGCCGAGCUGGAGCAGCUCUCACACACAGAGGAUCACAACCAGUUUCUACACAACUACCCCUCACUGUCAGCACUCAGUGAGUCUACACACUCAUCCAGCAUCAAUAUUGGUCCUCUGAGGUACUUUGAGGAUGUGACAGCAGCUGUGUCAGAGACCAGAGAUAAACUACAGGACAUCCUGAGAGAGGAAUGGACAAACAUCUCACUGAGAGUCACUGAAGAGGAUGUUUUACUGUCACCAUCAGAGCCAAAGACCAGAGCUGGAUUCUUAAAAUAUUCACGUGAAAUCACACUGGAUCCAAACACAGUAAACAGACUGCUGUUAUUAUCUGAGGGGAACAGAAAAGCCACAAGAAUGAAACAACAACAGUCUUAUUCUGAUCAUCCAGACAGAUUCACUGUCUGGUGUCAGGUCCUGAGUAGAGAGAGUCUGACUGGACGUUGUUACUGGGAGGUGGAGUGGAGAGGGAGAGGAGUUUAUGUAGCAGUUGCAUACAAGAAUAUCAGCAGAGAUGGGUGGUCAGAUGACUGCGUGUUUGGAUUAAAUGAUAUAUCUUGGUCAUUAUGUUGUGACACAAACAGUUAUAAAUUUUGGUACAAAAAAAUCAAAACUCUCCUCUCAGGUCCUCGGUCCUCCAGAGUAGGAGUGUACCUGGAUCACAGAGCAGGUAUUCUGUCUUUCUACAGCGUCUCUGAAACCAUGACUCUCCUCCACAGAGUCCAGACCACAUUCACUCAGCCGCUCUAUGCUGGACUUUAUCUUUAUGAUGGAGCCACUGCAGAGUUGAUUAAGCUGAAAUAGUCAGAAGUCAUUGAGGGACAGUUGGUUAAAAUGUGUGUUUCAGUUUCUUUGGUCUCCAUCAUUGUUGUGCUGUUUCUUCUCUGCACAGAGAUCACCUGUCAGUCACACUUUAUGGCUGCUACUUUGACAUCUUAUUGUUUGUUGUCCACUUAAUGAUUGAGUUUGUUUGAACACAGAAAUCUAAAAUUGUGUUUCCAUUUAUCUUAAAUGUUGUCAAAUCACAGGAACACUGUUUCUCUGUGUUUGGCACAAAGAUUCAAAUAUUUUGGGAAGAGGUCAAAGUGACGUGAGAAAUUUAUCUCAAAGAAAUUCUGCUGCACACAAAAGUGUUUCUAGUUUGUACAAAGAAGGAAAUAAUUACAAUCAAAGUGAGCAAACAAUAAUGAACCUCAGCUUUUUAAAUGACCAAAAGAUAACCGCAAUGUUUUUGAAAAUAUCCUCACAGAUCAAAUGUUACACACUGGAUAACAAAUGAUUUUGAUCCUUCCUCUAGAAAAAAAAUAACACAACAACUGAAAGACCAACAAAUAAUAUUUGAAAAAAUUUGUGAAGCUUCUUUGUUAUUUUCUAAUAAAUAGA